UGCAAAGCCGGGAACACAACAUUUGAGCUUCCUGGUAAUUUCUCGGGGAAAGCGAGAGAGAGAAGUAAGCGACAAGAACAAAUCUUCCUUUUAAAAGAGAUGAAAAUAGAGACAAAAUAAAAAUGCUGUAACAAAGAAGAAGCAUGAGUGCGCGAAACGCAACACCUGUCAUUUCUCUUGAUCGACAACAAACGCCCCAAAACGACAACAAUGCGAUUGAACAAGAAGCGGAAGAAGAAGAUAAAACGGCGGUGGUUUUGAAAAACCCUAGCUACAUGGAUCGCGAAGGUCCUCCUCUUGAUGAUUGCUGCCCUAUUUGCUUCGGCACCUUCGAUGUUCCUUGCAAAGCUAACUGCGGUCACUGGUAUUGUGGUAGUUGCAUUCUUCAGUACUGGAAGUAUUCUGGGCCGUCUAGCCGUUGCAAGUGUCCAAUGUGCUCGUCAAGAAUCAGCAAUUUGACGCCGGAGGCAUCGUUACAUGGUCAGCAAGAGCAGGAAGUUGUCAAAGUUCUGGAAGAUGUUCGGAGGUAUAACCAUGUUUUUGUCGGAGGUGUGCGAGGUCUAGCUCGGAAAGUGCAUGUGGUGCCAUUUCUCUUUAAGAGAAUGCUUGAAGAAAUGAUGGAUCCUGAUGGACACAAUUUCUUCCUUUAUGAGAAGCUCAUGCGCAUGUUUGCAAUUUUUUUGGCUAUCCUCUAUAUAUCCUCACCCUUUGACUUUAUCCCGUUAGGACGCAUUGGAGUUGUGAGACUGUUUGAGUAUAUGUCUAUGCUUCUUGCUGUCACCCUACGUUUAGCUGGCAUAUUUCGAAGACGACGUCUCAACCAGCAAGAAACGUUUAUGGGGCCACCAGGCAAGAAUGUCCGUACAAUCUCACAAGAAGCUUUUGAUGAACUAGUAAAAGAGAACAUAGAAGAUCUAGGUUUAGACCCCACUGAAGCCCUUGAAGAUGCAAUCCAAACUCUUACUCUUCAAGGCGUUGAUCUCUCAGGUAUUGUGACUUGUGUACCAGGAGAGGGGAACGUGAGGGAGAAUCCAGUGAUUAAGUGUUUGGAGAGAUUGAAGGAACUGGGAUUUGAUGAUGAUGAUUUGGAUGAAAUGGUUGGGUUGCUUGAUGAGUUGGUUGGAUUGUUUACUGGUGUUGAAGGAUCUGGGAAUGUUGCCAUUGGUGUUAGAAAUGGUGGGCUGGAGUUGGUCUGUUCUAUUUGUUCUAACAUUCCUAUUGUGUCAGAGAAAGUUCUCGUUUCGGCUUUGAAAACAUUGGCAUUGUUAAUUCAUGAUGUUCAAAGUACUGAAAUGUUUCGGUCUAGUGAUGGACCGAAUAUGGUGGUUGGCAUUUUAAAGGAUGGAAGUGAAAGUUUAGAAGUAUUGAAUACUGGGUUUGCUGUUGUUGCUGCAGCAGCAACUGGCAAUGAGGUUGUGAAAGAGUUGUUGAUUGAAUUGAAAAUUGAUGAGCUUAUUUUGGAAGUACUGAAUAGACAGAGUAAAGGCAUCAUCCAAGGUUUAUAUGAUUCUAUACGUGUUCUCUUGACACCUGAUGAUAAUCGUGUUGUGGCAUCCCAAGUUUAUGGUUAUGCACGAAGAUUUGCCAAAAUUGGUAUUGCAAGAGCUCUUGUGGAAUCACUACGGUCAGGCCUUACCUCACCCAGUUUAGUUUCAGCAAGUAUCGCUUUAAAGGCUGUUGCUGUUAAUGAUGAAAUAUGUAAAUCCAUUGCUGAAAGUGGUGGCAUUGAUGUCAUUUUCAAAUGUAUUGAUGACAGUGGUGAACAUGGCAACAAAAUUGUAGCUAGAGCUUGCUGUUCUUUGUUAUCCAAGUUGGCAGGAAGUGAUUCAAAUAAAAGUGCAAUUGUAGAGAAGGAGGGUAUGAAUAAGUUAAUCCAACUCGCAGCCAGAUUUUCUGAUGACCCUUCUGUUCUGCAAGAGGUCAUGUCCAUCUUUACGGUGCUCUGUUUAAGAUCUCCAGAUAAUGCAGCCCGUGCUAUGGAAGCUGGAGCUGGAGACCUUGCCAUCCAAGCCAUGGAGAAGUUUUCUAAUGUGCAACAAUUACAGAGGAGUUCCUGUCUAAUGAUCCGUAAUCUUGUUGCGAGGAACCCAGAGAACAGAACUCUUCUUCUUAGUCAUGGCAUCGAGAAAAUUAUAAGAAGGGCAAAGGUAAACCACGAAACCUGCAAGGAUGCUGCCACUGAUGCUUUGAGGGAUUUGGGCCUUGAUAACUACAAUUCAUAGCUCAAGCUCAUAAAACUAAUGACUUGAUACAUACUGGAUUAUGAGGCCCCUACUUUAUUUUGUUUGGGUCAGCAUAUUGCUUGCCACCGCGUUUGCCAAGCUUUUUGCUAAAAUACAUUCAGAUCUUGUGUGAUGAAGCUCCACCAUUUCAAAGGUUAAAUUUUCGUGUGGUGUGCUCGUGAAACAAAAUACCGGGUUUCCUCCUCGUCCUUCUCCCCCCCUCUCCAAAGGCUGUUUGUAUAACCCCUUUCAGAUAGUUGAGUUUCUUUGAAUUGUUUGCAAGCAAAUUGCUGACUAUUUGUUUUGGUCUCCAAAACCUUGUGAUUGAUUAAUUCAAAAUUCAAAUGGUGAUUCGUUUACAA